AAAACCUCCAAUCACUCAAUCAACCGGUUUGUUACCGAAUAAAAAACACCCGUUCGCAGUGCGGGAGAGAAUCGAAAUGCACGGCCAACUAAAACCUCUCCCUUAUAGAGCUCUCCCGUCGAACAGUCAAGGAGUUAAUUUAGCGAAAAGGCGCGCAUCAAAGGAAUCCCUGAGCCGUAACGCGCCCGCUACGAUGAUGAUGACGACGAUGAUGAUCCUGAUCCGAUCUCAGCGGGCCGUGCACGUAUAUGGAAUAUAUACAGGGUGGGCGUCUUUCCAUACGAGCUCCAUAGAAGAGACUAAAAUAAGUCGAUUCGAUAAAAAGUGCAGUAAAUUAGUCCUGCAACGGUCCUUCUUCCGUGCGAAAGUGCAAGUGCAGCCGAGCUCCAUCCCCUUCAUCGCUAAUUCUACUCCACGUCGAGCGGGGAUCUCUCUCGGCGUUUGUAUCGCACGGAGAGAACUACAAUGGCAUAAGGAGAAAGUUAACACUACAAGAAUUGAAAGCUGUAAGCCCUGCUGGGAGCUGAGGGAUCUGACUCUUCGUACUUCGACUUCGAAGUAACAAGGUGGAAUUUGUUUUGCGUUUUAAUUUUACCCCAUAAUACUCUCUAUUGUAUGUAUAUUCUCUAUUCUAUAUGUAUUAUACAGGGUGGUCAGUAUGUAAUGACCCAACAUGAAGGGGAAGAUUCACGGCCUCAAAAUAUUACGAUCUAACCCAAGUUGUUUUAAUAAAAUAUUAAAAACAUAAAAGAUACAGAGUGGUAAAGUUGAAAUGGAAAAAAUGAUUUUUCGCAACAGUUUGAAAGGUUUUGGAUGUAAGAACGUGAAAAUUUGGAGGUAGGUGUUUUAAGAUAUAGGAAAUCAUAUGAUAUCCGUUUUGAGAUAUUUUUUACAAAGCUAACAUUCUUUUUAUUGAAAAAUACUAAAAUAAUAUCAUUUUUGUAUGGAGUUGGUUCUUAAAAUGCGAUUAUCUCGAAAACUAGUGACUUUUGAGGCUAACAACAGAUAUACUUUUUUCACAAAAAUGAUACUGUUUCAAUAUUUUUCAAUAAAAAAACGUUAGCUUAAGGGAUAAAAAAGUUACACGUAUAUUUACAUCAACAACAAAGCUCAAGGGGUGCCCUGUAGAAAAUAUCUCAAAACGAAUAUCAUAUUAUGAUUUCUCAUGCAUUAAAACACCUGCCUUUAAAUUUUCACUUUCGUACGUCCAAAAUCUUUCAAACAGUUACGAAAAAACAUUUUUUUAUUUUAACUUUUCCACUCUGUAUCUUUUUUAUUUUCAAUAUUAAAUUUCAAUAUUUCAAUACUAAAGGAAGUUGGCUCAUAACGUAAUAUUUUGAGGUCGAGAAUCUUCCAUUUUAAUUUGGGCCAUUACUUACGCACCACCCUGUAUACGUAUUCCAUUUAUAUUUUUCUUAUUAUUGUCAAAUGUUUAUAAUUUUGUCAAAUGAUGUUCAAAUGUUGUAUUGUAAUUCAUUUAUUUUGGUUAUAUGUAUUGCAUUCAAUUUUAUAUAUCUUUAAAUAAAUACAUUUCUAAUUAACAAAAGUUGUUCUUAUUUUACAAUUUGCAAUAUGCAAUUAAAUUAUAAAAAUAAAUUUUGAAUAUACCACCAAUUUUUAAUUUUGACGUUGGACCGAAUAGCCGCAGUUGCCGAGACCAUAAAUCGAAGAAUACGAAAUUGACAAGUAGUAUAUGUUAGUUCGAUAAGCAAUGUCAUAGAUGGCGCCAUAACGUUUUGCAAACACAUCGCGCACGAUCACGUAUGCUUAGGUUACUUAAGAAAGUAUAGCAA